AUUGUUGGGCGUGGCUGGAUACAUCAGGGUGAUCCUGGGCCCCUUUUCGGUAUAUAAGCGAGGAGGAACCGGGCUGACAGCAUCAUUCGGUCAUCGACGAUCACAGAAUUAAUCCACACACCAUGGUCUUCAAGGUGAUUUCCGCACUUGCUCUCGUGGCCGUCGUCUCUGCUGGCGUGAUCCCAGCUGCCCCGAUUGCCUACCACGCAGGCGCUGCCCCCGUCUACGCUCACGCCGCUCCCGUUGCACCAGUAGCCCAAGUUGCCUACGCAGCCCCGAUCGCUAAGGCAGUUGUGACAAAGGCCAUCGACGCCGACUACGACCCCAACCCCCAGUACAGCUACUCCUACGACGUCCAGGACGCGAUAACCGGCGACAACAAGCAGCAGCAGGAGAGCCGCAACGGAGAUGCCGUUCAGGGUAGCUACUCCUUUAUAGAAUCCGACGGAAGCCGUCGCAUCGUCGAAUAUACCGCUGACCCCGUUAACGGCUUCAACGCCAUCGUCCACAAGGAAGCUGGAACUGUUGCUGUCAAGACCGCUGCUGCCGUUGCUCCCGUCGUCCCCGUCGCUCCUGCCGCCCCCGCCGCCCCCGUCGCUCCAGCCAUCCCAGCGUCAGGCCCAGACUCCGACGUCGAGGUCGUUGAGGCCCGCUCUGGGCCCCUCAGGAGCGCCCCCACGGCCAGGGAUGCCACCCCCAAGGCUUUCACCCCCGCCCGACUCGUCGCCAGCGCCCCAGCCGCCCCCCUGGCGCCGGUUAGGGCUGUGGCAGCGCCACUCAAGUAUGCGGCCUACGCAGCACCAGCUCCAGUGGUUGCCGCACCCUUCGCCAAGAUUUCAGCCCUUAGCUACGCCACCUACCCUGCCUAUUCCGCCUACACCGCAGCUUACUCCUCACCCUUUGCCUACUCCGCCCCCGCCGCUGGCCUGACUUAUGCCCCCGCCGCAUUGUGAGGAGUCGAAACCAGCCAGUGAAAUGGACGCACCGUUUUUUCUACCA